UCACGAGCAACGUGCGUAGCCACACAGCAAUUACAGUGACCGUAAAUGUUUUAUUUGGGCAAUUUUAUGUACACUCACACACAGACACAAAUUAUAAUAAGUCAAAUUAUUAAUAUACUAUAUUAAUUGUCGUUUCGGAUGCGAUUGCGACAGUCGAACAAAAUCAUUACAACACACACACACACACACACACACACACUCACGCACGCACGCACGCACGCACACACCGUUUACAACACACAUAUUGUGAACAAUAUUCCAUUUCCUUCGCCAAGCGAACAGUAGUAAAAAUGAUCGACAUGUGAGAGUGCACUAGCGGUUUCGUUUAUAAGUUCGUCGUAAUAAUAAUAGUGACAAAUGGCAGUAGUGGCGGUGUUUGGAGAAUCGGCGACAAAGGCAUUUAAUCUCUCGGAGGAAGAGGGUUUUUUCAGUUUUUUAACGAGUUAACUGCUGUAGUAGUGUCUGCUGUGCUUUUCAGAGAUGGGAACCAAUUCUGCACGUGGGUAUGGAGCUCGGGAACCAAUUCAGUACCAACCGAAAAAGUUAUUCUCGUUGUACGUGUUCUCCUCAGUUCACGCGCGUUCACGAUAAUGUUGUCGUCGCGCAAACGCUGCGGUCAAACCGAUCACGUACGGGCGUCGUCGGCCAAAUGUCCGCAGCGCGAAUUGUCGCGAAAGCGAAGGCUUACCUCGGUCACGACCAAUAAAAACGUAUCGACGUACACCGUUCAAGAGGGUUUCCGCAAGUUUUGUCCGGACUCGGCGUUACGCGAGCGCAUAGCCGCGGACGUGUUCGAAGUGUCGGCUCUGGCCGUCGAAGUUUCGGUACACGUACACUAUCGUUAUACGAAACCGUCACACUCCGAAGAUUGCGGCAACGCGUUUACCGAGAAUUCGACGUUUGCGCAAAACCACUUGCUCGAUUUUUUUACUAUCACCUGCAGGGCAAACGUCAACGUAUGGAACCGUGUGCCGCUGGACGCCGAAUAUUUCGCUUUGCGCGGAGCGCACGAAUCGCGCAAAACGUACGGCGGAAAAUUACGAUCGCACUUGAUUCAACCCGUUGCCGUGCGACACGAGACGGCCAUGAAGAAUUGCGUUUGCGUGCACCUGUACGAUCGAGUGGUGCGUUACGUGAACUUGCGAUACGAAGGCCGGACGCUCAAAUGGGUUUGGAAAUGUCGGCUUUACGAAGAACUGUUUUCUCGAGAACAUCGAGUCGUCCGCAGCUCGAAACUUUUGGUCUGCCGCCGGAUUAUCGGGAUUUCGCGGACCCGCAGAAAACUGGUGGCCGCUGGUUCCGUUUUCGCAUAAACUGGCGACGUGGUUCCUGCGAAACGGAUCGCGAUCGUUUUCCGUGCUUCUCGUCCGGGACCCAAAGCACUUUUCUGUACAACGCCAUGGGCCUUGUACCGAGCUGUUGCGCGCGGCAAAACCUUUAGAAUUCAAAUCGGCGCACGAAGAUUUCAGAGCCGCGGCCCCGACGUACUGGUGGCGUUAUUUCGACUGGACCCGUAGACGAACGCGAUCGCGGCACACCGGGACCGCAAGAAAUUCACGAUGUCAUUUACCACGAACGGAGCUUACUGGUGCGCGUCUAUGGAAAGAUUUACGCGAGAUUCAAUCGGGGUCGAACCGAAACGCAAACGAUCUAAAAAGAAACAAGUCGAAACCAAUGAUUUGGAUUCGUCUAGAUUUUCCGGGUUCACGGGACUCGAUCCGGGAGUGGUCAACUACGUGAGCACUUGCUAUCUCGGAGUAGUCGGCGUUUCAGAUCUAAAACGUAAUUAUACUCUAAAAACUGCAAAGUUUAAGCAAUUCAAGUGUAAAGAACGAGCGAUAUCACGUACCGUUUGUGGCAUCACGAAAGCUCGCAUUUGGCGUAUUCGCGGCACAAACUGGUAAAGCUAACGUGGUACGCUAAAAUGUGUAAACAUAGUGUCGAAGAUUCGUUAGUCCAGCGGCUUUUGGACAUGUCGGAAACCAAAACGUCCGUACUGGUGCGUUUCGGAGACGGAUCGCUACGGGACGGCGUGAGUUACGGCGCGAACCGGGAGCCAGCCGUGUGCUCGUUGCGUCGGGCUUUUCACCGCUGGCAAGAUCGCUGAGCGACCGUGGACUCGGGACGAGUACAUGACCACGCAUUGCGUCGUUCGAGGUGUACGAAACGCAUGACUCUACCUCCGAAACACGAGGAUACGUCGCCAAUAGCUUCCGGAGACGACAAGCGUCGCAGACGCCACGAUCACAGGUUCCAGUUUUGACGAAAAUAUGGAAUCGGAACGUUAACGCCGCCCGGAACAUGGCUCUCGUGGCCCUAGGACUGGUGGACUACAGAAAAAAAUAUGCCAAAAAUAAUAAUACUGAUGAUGAUCAUAAUAAUGAUUUUGUAAUCGUUGAACGAGAGUCGUAGUCACACUACAACUGUUUGUCCGACGAACACGUUUAUUCGUGUAUUUUAUAAUAUUUAUAUAUACAGUAUGUAUUUUAUUUUAUGAUUUAUACAAUAAACGAUGUUUUAAUGCCGCGAGUGCUGAAAGUUUCGACUAAUAUCGACGUUCAGCACGUUCAUUAACAUGUUAAUGAAGAUGGUUUAUAGGCACUAACAUUUUUAGAUUUUCCCAUUUUUUUUUUUUUUUUUUUUAAUACGGAAGUUAGAAUAUUUAAAAUUCAAGAAAUGUAAUUCUUCUACUAUUUUAAACACCUUUAAAAAUAUAAACAGAUUCACCUAAUCUCUUUCACUCAAAAUCAUUUUUUGAGAACAAUGGUAUAUUUGUUUCAAAUUUAAAAAUCGAAUUUAGUAAUACCAUUCACUAAUCCCCGUAUCACCCUGACUGUGGAGAC